AUGGACUCGGAUAACGAGUGUGAAGAAAGUGGUAUGAUAGCAAUGAAUGAUGGAUGGGAAUCCGAUGGAGAGGCUCCAGCUGUCCAAUUUCCUGUUUACACACAGGUUUAUGGUCGUGGAGGUGGAGGGUAUCGAAAUAGAGGGUCAGAGGAUCGAUUUUCCAAUAAUAAGGAUGAGGUUAGGGUAAGAGCUCGUGGUCGUGGUGAUCGCCAUGGUGGUCAGAGUGGAGGGGAAAGAUGGAAUGGUCCAACAAAUAAUAGGUGGGAAAACAGUGACUCUUCCGGUACAAAUAUGAAUGUAAAAUCAUCAGAAGUUGGGAGAAUUAUUGGCCGUGGAGGUUCACGAAUACGAGAACUCGAGGAAGAGAGUGGUGCUCGUAUCAAGGUGGGUAAGCCAUUAGAAGAUGGACAGACCUCAGUUGUGACUCUGACAGGUAGUCAAGAUGCUCAGAAUAAAGCUAAGCAAUUAAUAGAGGAUCUUUUGGAUUCAAACCCUCGGCCUCAACAGUCUUCCUCUGUGUGGCCUAAUGAAGACACAUUUAAAUCAAAUACAAACAGUGAAGAAAGUGCAGAUCGACCUGUCCCUAAGGCCAUCAACUGGGCAGAACUCAAUAAAGCUUAUGAAGCAGCAGAAAAGGAAAGGUGGAGUCAUUGUCCACCUUUAAUAAAGGAUUUUUACAAAGAAGAUCCGGAAGUAGCUGGUAUGAGUUCAGAGAUGGCUGAAAAAAUUCGGCAAGAAAAUAAUAAUAUUGUGGUCUCAUUCGUAUUUAAAGAGGGAGAAAGGCCCAUUCCAAACCCAGUUUGUACCUUUGAACAGUGCUUUGCUACUUAUCCUGAUAUAUUAGAAGAAAUUCGCAAACAGAAUUUUCAGAAGCCAUCUCCUAUUCAAUGCCAAGCAUGGCCUAUUUUGCUACGAGGAGAUGAUCUCAUUGGUAUAGCACAAACUGGAACAGGGAAAACUUUGGCAUUUCUACUACCAGCAUUUAUUCACAUAGAUAAUCAACCAGUUCCGAGAUCUGAAAGAGGAGGUCCAAAUGUUUUAAUAAUGGCUCCUACUCGUGAAUUAGCUUUGCAAAUAGAAAAUGAAGUCAAGAAGUACAGUUAUAGAGGAUGUAUUGAUGUGACAACAAUUACAUAUUUGGUGUUAGACGAGGCUGAUCGUAUGUUGGAUAUGGGAUUUGAACCUCAGAUUAGAAAAACUCUAUUGGAUAUUCGACCAGACCGUCAAACUGUAAUGACCAGUGCCACCUGGCCUGAAGGAGUGCGUAGAUUAGCACAGUCCUACAUGUGCAACCCUCUUCAAGUUUUUGUAGGAUCUUUGGAUCUCGCAGCAGUACAUUCAGUUACACAACAAAUCCGUAUUGUUCGUGAAGAAGAAAAAGCUCAAGAGCUGUACAACUUUUUGGAAAAUAUGGAAGAAGAUGACAAAGUAAUUGUUUUUGUAGGGAAGAAAAUUCGAGCAGAUGAUAUAUCAAGUGAGCUUACCUUGUCUGGUGUUGAAUGUCAGAGCAUUCAUGGAGAUAGGGAGCAGUGUGAUAGGGAGCAAGCUCUUGAUGACCUUAAAACAGGAAAGGUCAAAAUUCUUAUAGCAACUGAUGUAGCAUCCCGAGGAAUUGAUAUCAGUGAUAUUACACAUAUUUUCAACUUCGACUUCCCUCGUAACAUUGAAGAAUAUGUUCACCGUGUGGGUAGAACUGGCCGUGCUGGUCGAACAGGUGUUUCCAUCAGUUUAAUUACUCGAGAAGACUGGAUGCAGGCACGGGAAUUAAUUGCUAUAUUAGAAGAAGCUAACCAGGAAAUACCUGAAGAAUUGGUGAACAUGGCUGAUCGUUGUGAUGCAUGGAAAGAAAAGAGGGCAUCUGAAAGAGGCACCGGGGGCAGAGGCGGUGGUGGUGGUGGUCGAGGAGGGUGGGGUGGAGGUGGAGGAGGAGGAGGCGGUAGAAGAGGUGGCGGCCGUGGUCGAUGGUAAUUGAAUCUCAGAGCUGACUCAAGAAUUUGCAAAGGAUGCGAAGAAAAUAGGAUUGCUACACUAUAUUAUAAAAUGUGAAUAGUAUUUAUUGACAUUGCCUAUUGGCAGUAUUUUCAUAAGCAUCUAUUUUCUCUUGUCUUAGUGACAUUUUCAGUGAAUACUUGGUGCAUAUUGUUAGACACUCUGCAAGUUCCUAUUUCUUCGUUGUAUGUAUGUGUCUAUAAUUUGACAUGAUGUGUAGUUGCAGUGUGUAAAGAUCAGAUUAAAUUUUGUUUAGCAGUACUUAGUUGUUGAAGUAGUGAAGUAUUGUUUGCACACUUUAUAUUUUGUAUUAAAUGUGAUAGAACAUAAACUAAAAUGAAUGAUGGACAAAAUGUGCCCUUUGUUAUAUAAGAACUUUUUUUUUAUAUGAAUAUGUUGAUUUCCAGAAAUAACAUGAGCGUAUCAAACAUUCCGUGUUUAUUUGCACCAACUUUGCAGAUAUUAAUGUAGUGGAAAGAAAAGUGAGGAAAUAAAGGAAAUAUUCUUUACCUGUGUUUUAAAUA